GCUUUACAGCUCAACUCCAUCCAUACCCUUCUCUUUUGACACUUGAUACCAUUUACCAUAGUGAUGUGUCAGCAAUGACUCAUGACAUGAUGUCAAUGACAUCUUGUAGAACACAAAGUUGUGUACUAAGGAUGCACUGGUGAGGACUGAAGAGGGGGAGACCUGCAGUCGCUACUUAAACUGAGAGACGAUCAGUCGAUCAGUCUACGGGCAGACAGACAACAGUGCAACAAGACGUUUCGAGUCACAUUAAUGCAUUUUUUUUUAGGAAUGAACAGGCGACGGUUAUCUAUCUGAAUAUAUCAAGUGUUCACACCUGUGCGAGUUUUGAUGAAGUUUGGAUGAAGAUGACGAACAGCGCGUUGACGAAGAUCUUUUCCAGGAGGGAAAAGCGCAGAGCUUCCUAAGCAACGAAUGCACGUUUAAGACUUUAUUUCAGCGGUAUUUAGUGGACAGAUACGCAACUGUGCAAAAUGCUAAGAGUGCGUAGAAGUUUCUGGGUGCUUUUAAGUUUGCUUCUGUCUGUCUGGAUAGAAGGAGCGAGCAGCUUCCCUGUGAGACACCAGAGAUCCAGACACGGCUUCUCCGGAGAGACACAUCCACGCACAUCUUUGAGAGAGACGACCAUUAGCAACGACCAUAACCUCCUGCACCAGCAGAACCAGGUCCAGAGUGAUUUGCCAGACUCACAUCCCCACCAACACAGGUGGCUCCAGCAUCGCUCUACGGGUGUCCUGCCACAGCCUGAGCCUGAGGAAGAAACAAAACCCUUUGUUCUAGACCUCAAAAACUUUCCAGAACUGGCAAAUGCUGACAUUGGCUCCCAAAACCCAAACAUUCAGGUGACCAUCGAGGUGUUGGAUGACCUCCCUAUGGAAGUGGAGAGGGAUAAAGAAUGGAGCAAUGACUGGCCCACAUCUUCUCCCUCCUCUACUGUAGAAUGGCUAGGUGGCAAGAAGCUCUUCUGGCCUUUAUUUUGGGGCUACACGGAUGCAGAUUCAGGGGACGAUGGUACUGGCCAAGCAGUGGAGGAUGAGGACGACUACGCAUUGGAGUAUGACAGUGGGGAGCCCCUCCCUAGCGGUCUGGGCAAGACAGAUGGCAAUUGGGAAAGCCCAUGGACUCAAAGUCAUUAUGAAGAAGCAGAGGACGAGUGGAGCGCAUGGAGUCCCUGUAGUGUCACUUGUGGCCACGGCAAUCAGACUCGCUCACGUUCAUGUGGAGAUUUCUGCACAUCCACUGAGUCCCAGAGCUGUGACCUUGCCCCAUGCCCAGAUGAUUGGAACAGUGUGGCUCAUGUCUUUCCAUUCGAGAUGGAGAAUGGUACAGAACCCUUUGGCACUGAUGUUGACAGCUGUGAAAAGUGGUUAAAUUGCAAGAGUGACUUUCUUCAGCGUUACCUGCAGCAGGUAUUGACAGAAUUACCCAGCUGCCCGUGCACCUUUCCUUCAGAAGCCUCCAACAACAUCGUCAGUCUGCUGGAUGCAGAGCACGACCGAACCUUCCAGUGGAGGGAUGCUAGCGGCCCACAGGAACGAUUGGACAUCUACAAGCCCUCGGCACAGUCCUGCCUGCGUUCCGGCCUAUCUAAAGAUGGCACCACUCUGGCUGCCCAGCAUUGUUGCUAUGAUGAUAACAAGCAUCUAAUUACAAGGGGCAAGGGGGCAGGAACCCCCAACCUAAUAAGCACCGAGUUCUCUCCAGAGCUGCAUUUCAAGGUGGACGUAAUGCCUUGGAUACUGUGCAAAGGAGACUGGAGCAGGUUUCAUGCAGUCCGCCCACCCAAUAAUGGCCUCCAUUGCACGGAGAACCCCCAACAGGAUAUUUUCAUGAAUGAAUUGGAGGAGGCCAGAGAAUAUUAAAUCACCAAAUUACCAUCCGUCCUCUGACUCACCAUCCUGCUGUGGUGCUUAACCCUAUUAAAAUAAGCAAAUGAAUAAAAACCCCGGCCAGCCGCAUUAAGUGUGCAGUAUAGACCCAGUCUUGUGUUGUGGAACGCAUUGCCGUAACUGUGUUCGCAAAGCCUCUAGCUUUUCUUAUGUUUGGAACAUUGUGGAAAAUGAAUGGAAUGAUUAAUACAGCAUAUUUGUUGUACGACCGUUGUUGCUGCUGCUGCGAUCACAUACAGUGGGGUGCAAACUUCUGACAAUACUAGUGAAAAAGAAGGGUUUUUAUGAUUUAAUAUAGCUUUAAUACAAAUUAUAUGAUCAGAAUUGAUUAGUAUUCCUUUUAUUUGAACAACAGCAGAACUCAAGCUGACAUGAGAUCCACAUUUGUGCAAAACCUGAUGAUCAUGUGAUCCAGCAUGAUUUGAGAACGUUCCAAAGAGCAUCCCAUUGUACAAUAAAAGUUGCUCAUGUGGUCAAUGUCAUUUGGUUAGUAUAGAACUAUAUUAUUCAUCUUAAUGUAAAAUUAUGAUUUGUUUUAACAGGAACAUAUAAUCCUAAUAGAUUUUGAACCCUACAUAUGACCUUUGGACCCCACUGUUUUACGUCGAUAUAAGUGCCAUCCAAUGUAAAAUGGGCACAAUUUCACUGCCAACUCAGGGGAAAUCUUUCCAUAACAACCAGUGUUCAUUUAGUUCUUCAAUAGACCUUAUUCAGAGCAGCGCCAUGACAGGUAUGAAAGUGAGGCUGUGAGGGAUAGACUUACCGUGUUUCCAA